AUGCCUCGCCAGCAAACCAAUCUGCGGGGUCCGAAAGACCGGGGUGCUUCCAAAGGCAGACCAGCACCGAAGCGCAAGAGCGGCCGUGCCAUUAAUGCUCUCUCUAUCGCUGAGAAACAAAUUCCUACCAAGCUCGGUGUACGCCGGAAUCGUUUAGGUUUUUACGAUGAUGGCUCCGAACGCAAAUUCAGCAACAACCGUGAUGAAGACGAGGACGGCGAAGACGAAGACGGGGACGUGCCAAACUACAAGCGCCGCAGAUUUAACACUGCUCCCGACGAUGGCAGCCUCAAUGGUGGCAGUGAUAGCGAGGGUCAUGAGUGGAAAUUGGGACAGGUGGACAGCGAUGACGAUGAGUCUCUAAACAGUGACGAAGCUCUUGGAGAAAGCGACGAAGAAAGAUUUGAGGGGUAUACAUUCCGCGGAAGCUCUAGCAGCAAAACCCAACCAAAGCCGAAACAAUCUACAAAGAAGCGUGCCGAGAUCAGUCUAUCCGAGGACGUUGAUGCAUCCGAGUCCGAGGAUGAAGAUGAAGCUGAAGAUGAAGACGACGAUGACCUUGGUGAAGAUGCCGUGGAUCUUCUGACUGCCUGGGAUAUGAACACUGCGGAGGAGGAGGCUGAAGCCAAGAAAGCUGCCGCAAAAUCUAAAAAGGCGGCAGCCGAUGACAGUGAAGAGGAUUCAGGCUCAGAGGCAGACAGCGAAGAGGACCAAAGUGACGAUACUGGGCUAUCUUUAUCUGAUGACGAGGAAUUUGAUGGACAGAACGACGGCUUGAGUAAACUUCAAGACUUCGUCAAUUCCAUGGAGACGGGACGUCGUUCGAAAUCCACACAAAAAUCACAAGAACAGAGCAAGCCGUCUGAAUAUGGCUUGACUUCCACAAAGAAGUUGACUGUCGCCGAUCUUCUGCCCUCGAUCACGGACUCCCGCCUCAAGAGCUCUUUGAAGCAUGUCGAAGCUACCCCUCAAACAUCCAAGGCUGGCAUCCCGGGCAAGCUAGAUGCUCCCUUGGCCAAACGCCAGCAAGAUAAACUCGACCGUACUGCAGCUUACGAAAAGAGUAAAGAGACUUUGGAUCGCUGGAUCGACACUGUCAAGCACAACCGCAGAGCCGACCAUCUUAUGUUCCCUCUACCCGACCCGAAUAGCGAGCAAGUCCACCGCAUGGACAUAGCAAAGCCGACGAACGAUCUGGAAAGCACUAUCCAGAGCAUUCUCGUGGAGAGUGGAUUGGCCGAAACCAACGGCAAGUCCGCUGAGGAGCAAGUCCAAGGCUUCGAGGAUAUCCAAGCCCGCACAUUGCCUAUUGAAGAGAUUCAAGCCCGUCGCGCUGAGUUACGGAAGCGACGUGAUUUGCUUUUCCGCGAAGAAGUGCGUGCCAAGCGAAUUAAGAAGAUAAAAAGUAAAUCUUACCGCCGUGUUCACCGCAAGGAACGUGAGCGUCUUGAGCAGCAAGAGAAACAAGCACUUUUGGAAGCUGGCGUGGACUUAGAUGCGAUGGAUGUCGAGAAGAAUGAGCGGAUGCGAGCUGAAGCCCGCAUGGGCUCCAAACACCGCGACAGCAAGUGGGCUAAGAGCUUGAAAGAGACUGGCCGUACUGCCUGGGAUGAAGAUGCCCGUAACAAUGCGGCCGACUUGGCUCUCCGUGAAGAGGAGCUCCGGAGACGAAUUGAAGGAAAGAGUGUCUCUCGCGGUGACGACGCUUAUCUAGAAUCAUCUAGCUCAGAGUCAGAGGAUGACGAUCCCUGGGCUUCCGAUGCUUCUGACGUGGAGAAGCGCAAGAUACAGAAGAAGCUGCGUGCUUUGGACAAGGAAGAAACUACUGAGAUUCCCAAGGGCCCGCAUUCCAACCUUUUCGAAAUGAAGUUCAUGAAAAAUGCGGAUGCGGCUCGCAAAGAGGCGAACGAUGCAGAACUCAGACGCCUCAAUCGUGAGCUGCAUGGCGAGGAUUCACAGUCAGAGGCUGAGUCAGAAGUUGGGCGACGGAAGUUCGGCCAGUCUGAAACGACCGGAACUCAGUCGAAGCCGAAGCCAUUGCCAAAGAACGAAUUCGAGGAGAGGCCUGACUCUGAUGAUGAGGACCAAGAUGUUGACAUUGCGGUCGAUCGUCCUGUAAAGUCAAAGCCCGCCGCCUCUGCCCCGAAGGCCACCGCCAAGCCCUCUCCCAAGAUGUUCAGUCAACCACCAAAGGAGGCUGUUGAAGAAGAGAACCCGUGGCUGGUUCAAACUGAGCGCACCAACCGCCGCCGGACUGGUACAGAUGCUCAAGAGUCUAUGGAUAUCACAAUCGACGACGAGCAGCCACAAGCCCCGCAAGCACCUGCUUCAUCUAAGAAGAGCAAAGUAGCGAAGGCAGCUCCUGCCAAGAAACGUUCUCGUGACGAACAAGACAGCGACGAGGAAGAGAAUGUCCCUGUCCUGCUGAAGAACCACGACUUGGUUGCGAGAGCUUUUGCUGGCGACGAGGUCGUCCAAGAUUUCGAGCAGGAAAAAAUGGACACCAUUGGCGAAGAAGGCGACAAGGUUGUGGACAACACUCUGGAAGGGUGGGGCAGCUGGGCCGGCGACGGUGUCAGCAAGAAGGCGCAGAAGAACAAGAGGCGCUUCUUGACCACCGAGCAAGGUGUGAAGCCCGAGAAACGCAAGGAUGCCAAGCUCUCUCGUGUGAUUAUCAACGAGAAGCGGGUGAAGAAGAAUGUCAAGUACAUGGCAAGCCAACUGCCUCACGAGUACGAGACGAAAGCACAGUACGAACGCUCACUGCGUAUGCCUCUGGGUCCAGAGUGGUCUACAAAGGAAACCUACCAGAGUGGAACCAAGCCUCGUGUCAUGAUCAAGCAGGGCAUCAUCAAGCCCAUGGAGAAGCCCAUGAUUUGA